AUGGCUUCCCACAAGAUUCAAAAGGCUAAGGAUGCCUCUGCUGCUGAUGAGAUCGAGCUCUCUGUUGCUCAAGCUCUUGUUGACUUAGAAUCCAACAUUCCUGAACUUCGUCCUCUUGCCAUCUCUGGUGCUAAGGAGGUUGAACUUGGUGCUGGUAAGAAGGCACUUGUUAUCUUCGUCCCCGUUCCCAUGCUCGCUGGCUUCCGCAAGGUUCAACAAAAACUUACUCGUGAACUUGAAAAGAAGUUCUCUGAUCGUCAUGUUAUCAUUGUUGCUCAACGCCGUAUCUUGGCUGUCCCUAGUCGUCGUACUCAAAGCAAGCAACCCCGUCCCAGAUCUCGUACUUUGACUGCUGUUCACAACGCUAUCUUGGACGAUAUGGUCUUCCCUACUGAAAUUGUUGGUAAGAGACUCCGUCAAAAGGUUGAUGGUUCUAAGCAACUCAAGGUUUUCCUUGAUGCUAAGGACGCCACUUCUCUCGAGUACAAGCUCGAUACCUUCUCUGCUGUUUACAAGAAGCUCACUGGCAAGGCUGUUGUUUUCGAAUUCCCUGCUAAUGCUGAAGUCUUCUAA